UUAUCUUAGAGUUUCCGCUGAACGGUCGUCUUUCUCUUUUAUUUCUGGUGAUGAUGAAGCAACUCCAUAUAAACCGACUGAUACUUAUGAUGGCUUUGAAAGAGAUUCUCGAGAAAUAAGUUUUCCAGUAUCCGAUGAAGACCUUGCAAUCUCAGUUAAUAACUUUUAG